GGGCUGUCCCGAGCGCUCGCCGCCUGCCUCGCCGCCCCCGCCGGGGAGCGGGAACGCGGAGCGCGGAGGCUGCGAGAACCCGGUGGGGAAGAUGCCCCUGGCGCAGCUGCCGGACCCGUGGCAGAAGAUGGCUGUGGAGAGCACGGCCGAGAGCAGCACCGAGAAUGGACAGCAAAUUGUGGAUGAACCUAUGGGAGAAGAUGAUAUCAACCCUCAAACUGAAGAAGGAAGUAUCAAAGAAAUUGCAAUAACUCACCAUGUAAAAGAAGGACAUGAGAAAGCAGACCCUUCACAGUUUGAACUUCUGAAAGUACUUGGACAAGGAUCCUUUGGAAAGGUCUUCCUUGUCAAAAAAAUCUCAGGAUCAGAUGCUAGACAGCUUUAUGCAAUGAAGGUAUUGAAAAAGGCCACCUUGAAAGUUCGAGAUCGGGUUCGGACAAAAAUGGAACGUGAUAUCCUAGUAGAAGUUAAUCAUCCUUUUAUUGUCAAGUUACAUUAUGCUUUUCAAACAGAAGGGAAGCUAUAUCUUAUUUUGGAUUUUCUCAGGGGAGGAGACUUGUUUACACGUUUAUCCAAAGAGGUGAUGUUCACAGAAGACGAUGUUAAAUUUUACUUGGCAGAAUUAGCACUUGCUUUAGACCAUCUACAUAGUCUUGGAAUAAUAUACCGGGACCUAAAACCAGAAAACAUCCUGCUGGAUGAGGAAGGACAUAUCAAAUUGACAGAUUUUGGCUUAAGUAAGGAGUCAAUUGAUCAUGAAAAAAAAGCCUACUCUUUCUGUGGGACAGUGGAAUAUAUGGCACCAGAAGUUGUCAACAGACGAGGCCAUACACAGAGUGCCGACUGGUGGUCUUUUGGUGUUUUAAUGUUUGAAAUGCUCACUGGUACUCUACCUUUCCAAGGGAAAGACAGAAAAGAAACCAUGACUAUGAUUCUCAAGGCCAAACUUGGAAUGCCCCAGUUCUUGAGUCCUGAAGCACAGAGUCUUCUGCGAAUGCUCUUCAAAAGAAACCCAGCAAACAGAUUAGGAGCAGGUCCAGAUGGAGUAGAAGAAAUUAAGAGGCAUGCAUUCUUUUCCAAAAUAGAUUGGAAUAAAUUAUACAGGAGAGAAAUUCAUCCCCCUUUUAAACCCGCAACUGGCAGACCUGAAGAUACAUUUUAUUUUGACCCUGAGUUUACAGCAAAAACUCCAAAAGAUUCACCAGGUAUCCCACCCAGUGCUAAUGCACAUCAGCUCUUUCGGGGAUUUAGUUUUGUAGCCAUUGCAUCUGAUGAUGAAAGCCAAGCAAUGCAGACAGUUGGAGUGCAUUCAAUCGUCCAGCAGUUGCACAGGAACAGCAUUCAGUUUACUGAUGGAUAUGAAGUAAAGGAAGAUAUUGGAGUUGGGUCUUACUCUAUCUGCAAGAGAUGUAUUCAUAAAGCUUCCAACAUGGAGUAUGCUGUAAAGAUUAUUGACAAGAGUAAAAGAGAUCCAACAGAGGAGAUUGAAAUCCUGCUGCGCUAUGGACAGCAUCCAAAUAUUAUUACCCUAAAAGAUGUAUAUGAUGAUGGAAAAUAUGUAUAUGUAGUAACAGAACUGAUGAAGGGAGGAGAACUGCUGGAUAAAAUUCUUAGGCAGAAAUUUUUCUCCGAACGGGAAGCCAGCGCUGUUCUGUUCACAAUAACAAAAACGGUGGAAUAUCUCCAUGCACAAGGGGUUGUUCACAGAGACCUGAAGCCUAGCAAUAUUCUUUAUGUUGAUGAAUCUGGUAAUCCAGAAUCAAUUCGAAUAUGUGAUUUUGGCUUUGCAAAACAACUGCGAGCAGAAAAUGGUCUUCUGAUGACUCCGUGUUACACAGCAAAUUUUGUUGCACCAGAGGUUUUAAAGAGGCAAGGUUAUGAUGCUGCAUGUGACAUAUGGAGCCUUGGUGUUCUGCUUUACACCAUGCUUACUGGCUACACGCCUUUUGCAAAUGGUCCUGAUGACACCCCAGAGGAGAUUUUGGCCCGAAUAGGUAGUGGAAAGUUCUCUCUCAGUGGUGGUUAUUGGAAUACUGUUUCAGACACAGCUAAGGACCUUGUUUCAAAAAUGCUUCAUGUUGACCCCCGUCAAAGAUUGACUGCAGCCCAAGUUCUAAGUCACCCCUGGAUAGUUCACUGUGACCAGUUGCCUCAAUACCAGCUGAACAGGCAGGAUGCUCCCCAUUUAGUGAAGGGUGCAAUGGCAGCAACUUACUCUGCUUUGAAUCGUAAUCAAUCACCAGUUUUGGAGCCAGUUGGCCGUUCUACUCUUGCUCAGAGGAGAGGUAUAAAAAAAAUUACCUCAACAGCCCUGUGAAAUGACCUCAGCCAGACACUUGGUACCAUGGCAUAAGAUGAUAGCACAAAUCAUGGCGACAGGUAGCACAUAUCUGACAGAUACCUGCAAGCACACUCUGACCCAGCUGGUACCUAUAAUGCUGCUGCUCCUGCUGCUGCUACUGCUUUCAUCUACUCUCGCUUUAAACUGUUGAUGGCAAGUUACUGAUCUCACUGGAGCCGCAAACGGAGUGACAAGUGGAAACAAUGAAAAUGAUCAUGUUCGCGACUGAAUAAACCAGAAGAAUUACAAAUGCCACCUGUGUCAAAAAUACACUGAAUAAAAGCACUCUGCACCACAUAGCAUUAUUUUUAUAAGGAAUAUUUUUUUUGUCCCCUAAAAUAUUCUUUGUUACAGGUAGAAAUGGACAGUUUAUGUUAAGCACUUAGCUUAAACAAUCUGUUUAUAUUAGCACUAUAUACUUUGUGCCAUCCAACAUUUUGUAUGUUUUUGUAAACAAUUCACAAGCAGUACAUUUCUGUGCUGUUUUCUUUAAUGUAUACAUGCCUUGUUUUACUUAGAUAUUAUUAAUCAUUUUGACAAUUAAGUCUGAUUAAACAGUUCACCUGGAUUAAUCAGUAUUGUUGGACAGCUCUAAAAGAAGCCUGACUGUUAAACAGCUAUUGAAUGUAAUACUCUAUGAAUAAGUAGUUCUCCUCACCUAUGUCUUUUCUGCAUUUUUGUGUUUUUGACACCAUGUCAUGUUAUGAAAAUCAGGAUACUGUUUAUAGUACUCAAAAUUCAAACAGUGGAUCUCUCACCAUACUAUAUAUCCAAUAGGUAAUAUAACCCAGAGAAAAGAUAACUUGCUCUGUCUUUUGUUCCCCUUCCUUUUAGUCUCUCCCGUCUAAUCUCUGGACUCAGGAAUGAUUGCUAAAUACUUUCUGAUAGAGGACAUUUCUAUAUUGUUGAUUCUUGCAAUCCAUUGUUAAUAUUUUAUCUCUAGUCUAUGACUUUUGUUUAAGCUGCAAAGGAUUUGUUCAUUGAUUGAAUGUUGGCAUUAUAGAAGAAAGGCAACAUUGAAGAUAAAGCAAAAUGUUGUCCGCUAAUAAGGAGAAGCCUGUAAAAGUUUUAAACUACAUUCACUGCAAGUGCAAAACUGAUGGAUCUAAUGUUCUGUCAGUUAUUUUCUGCUAAUUUUACUUGACAUUAAAAGCAAAAUGAGAGACGAGUCGUCCAGAUCUGUUGGGUUAGAAAAGGGCCAUUCUAAUUUAGCAUGAAUAUAGUAUUGUCCCAGUCAGGUAAGAUAAAGCUGUUCAGAGUGAACAUUCUCACUUUUCUGCAGAUGGAAGCAAGUUUGUAAUGAGGAUGAAAGACUCUAAAUACCAAUAUAAACUUUUAAUACCCUUGGCCUCUUGGUGUCUAAAGUAAUUAAAGGUGCAUCUCCAUGGCUGGUCUUGAAAGAUCAAAUUGCCCACAUGAGAGAGCACUGGAAUGUGUUUGAAUUCAGUGUGUUCCACUCCACCAAAAUUACAUGCUGCAUUAACUCCUUUCAGAUAUGAAAACAGCUUUUGGGAAUUCAGCUUUAGUAAAAUAUGGAUCUGGGGGAAUGGCUUACAUGAACAAUUCAAUUUAAAAACUAAAAGGUGCAAAUUUUGUUUUGUAUAAGAAGGUAUUUUCUUGGUUUAGUUGUAUUAAAUUUCUUUUAUGAUGAUUAAUUGGCUUGUUUCCCUGAAAUCAUCAGAGAUUUGUUGAAAGGGAGAAUCAUCUGUAACACCACAGAUUUGCUCUAAGUGAAUGGGAGUGCUUCUUCUGCCAGAAUUUCUGAGCUCCUAAGGAAACCUUCCUUUGUUAAAAUUGAAAGUAAUCCCAUUAUUGUCCUUCUAGCAUUGAAACUUGCUUUGUACAGAUGCAUCUGCCCUUUCUUCAAAAGACAUCUCUAACUAGAGGCAGAAAAAGACCAUUGACAAUUUUUUUGACAGUGUCAGCAGUUCUAGAGGAAUUUAGUAAAACCUUACCUUUCAGAAAAUGUAUUUUCAGCUCUGUGAGCAAUUUUAAGUCAGGCUUCUCAAAGCCUGGAAACUGUACCUUCUAGUGGCUUUUAAAGGUGUUAAUCAGAAGAUUGACAUAUCUAGUCAACAAACAGGAUUUAAAACUGAUACUGUUGAAAUAAAGGGAUGUCAAUACUUGCCAAUGUGUCAAUAAGAACAGUUCAGGAGGGAGUUUCUCCUCUGUUCAUUGUGUAUCUGUAGGUACCUGGCAAAGAACAGACCAAAAAGAGGAAACGUAAAGCUGCCUCAAUAUUGGCAAUAUCCACUUUAAAAUAAUUUAAAAGUACUUCCAGUAGUUUUAUUGUAGCCGUAUUUUGUUGUCCUCAAGCUCACUGACGAUUAGCCAAAUAGUGAAGCAAAGUUAACUCCUACAUUUUAUGUAUCUACAUUCUCAAGUGAGUCGUUAAUUUAGUCUAGACUUGGCAGAUGUUGCUAUUAUGUCAUGUAUAGAGCAGCAGAGGAUGAACCUUUUAAAUUGUAGCAAAACAACUGGGGUUAGCACACCCUAAUUUGACUGCAUUCAAGUCUAGGUAUUUUUAAGUUACUUUCUAAACCAAGGUGUACAGGGUCUGCCUAUUUUACAGGCUAGACAUGGUUUUAUGUACCUUACCUCCUGGUUCCAUGUUCACAACUUUCACAUUGAUUUUUUUGUUUUUUGAGCUGCAGUUGUUAGAACCUAUAGCGAAAUCCAGAUAAUAGUUCUUGGAGUCCCAACACCUUUUUAUCAGAAUGUGAGUGUAUGAUACACUGUGUACAUUCACUGCUGGACUGCCGCUUGGUCUGCAAGGUGUAGCAAGUGACUUAAGGGUACAGAGACAUAAAGGAUAAAAAAAGGAGAACUGCAGAUACAGGUGAAUUUUCUGUAUGUCAGCCAUGGGUUUUUUUAAUUUCUUUUUAAGUGUGAAAUUAUAAUUUACUGUGCUUGAGACCACGAGGGAAUGGAGGGAAGAGAAUAGUUGCAAUACUCAUUAAAUGCCAUCUAUAUCCAGUAAGGGCAACGCUCUGUAUUCAUAAUCACUAUAACACUGAAUGAAACUUAUAGGGAGGUUUUAAGAAAGUAUUUAAAACUUUUUUCUAAAAAGACAAGGCCAUAAGAAAAUAGAUUUAUGUGUCUGGGAUUUUUCUGUGUGUGUGUGUUUUGCUUUUGUAAAUGUGGUGUACCAACUAAAGCUGUGCUUUUCUAUUAUUGGAAGGAAAGGAUUUAAAGUGUCCUGGCCCUUAGUAAGCAGCAAUGGUUAAUAGAUGAAUUUUCACUUAUGAAAAUUAUGUAAAUGAUUAGCUUUAUCUGAUACUCUUGACCUAAUCAAAGGGAAGGUGUACUUAUGAGGGAUGUAAUUAUUUUGCAACCUAGUUGGGGGGAAGUCUACUUCAACCGUUUUUAAAAAAUUACAAAAUCACAGAUAAAAUAUUUUUCUAUGAUUCUAUACAAUCAUCCUUUAUACUAGUUUUCUCAGCAUGGCAUGUAAGUGAGUCUAAGGUACUGUUCCAGGAAAUCAGUGGUAUUGUACCUUAUUCUAGACCAUUAAAAUAGCAUCUGUUAGAUGCUUGGCACUGCUGUCAUAGACCUGAAAUGCUAGUUUUAAAAAAUAAAAAAAAAUUUACUGAAUACUUUAAAUGAUUGUUUUAUUCAGAGUCUGAUAUAGAAAAUGCUCCAAUCAUGUUAUUAAUGUGUAAUUAAAACUGUUCCAGAUGUAACUAGAGACAGUUCUGGAAAGUUAUCAUUGCUUGUUCUCCUGUCUAAUGGCAGGUUUUGUAGUCUUCAAAAGAAAUUGAAAUUUCUACUAUGAAUAAACUUUCAAACAUCUUAAAA